UAUUGUACACUCCCAGCUGUCGUAUUUAGCAGCUCUAUGAUGCCCUGGGAUUCAAUUCUUGGUUUUGAUGAUAUUUGAUCUUUGAAAGGAUAUACCACUAGAGAACCACGCUCCGGAUUGAUAGCCAUUCGUCAUGGCGCUCGUGAUCCAGGCCGCCACUUUCUUGCACCAGUAUGCCAAUGCCACGCUGCAUACGACCCCUAGCAAGAACCCCAGUGCAUUGAGAUUGGGUGUUCUUUCCUCUGCGCAGAUUAACCCUGCUGCUGCAAUCCAUCCCGCUGAGACCCACCCGGACGUCAUAUUGUAUGCGAUUGCUUCGCGCGAUGCCUCAACGGCCAAGAAGGCAGCGAAGCAGUACCACUUCUCAAAGGCAUACGGAUCAUACCAGGAGUUGCUCGAUGAUCCGCAGGUAGACAUUGUCUACGUCUCGACUCCCAAUGGAUUGCACUAUGAGUGGUCAUCCAAGGCGCUGAAGGCCGGAAAGCAUGUUCUUUGCGAGAAGCCCUUCACGUCGAAUGCUGCAGAAGCCAGGAAGCUCGCUCAGGAGGCGAAGGAGAGAGGAUUGAUUGUGGAGGAAGCUUUCCACUGGCAAUUCCACCCAGCUGCUCACACAUUCCGCCAAAUCCUUGAAUCUGGACAGUAUGGCAAGAUUCUGCGUACAGAUGCUGUCAUGACAGCCAGUCCUGGUGUCCCUGAUGGCGAUAUUCGCUGGCAGUUCGACCUUGCAGGCGGUUCUGCCAUGGAUAUGACAUAUGCCCUGUCGUUCACCCGUUACGCGCUUCAUGCGAAGAAUCCGAAGCAGAUCCUCUCUGCGGUUGCACGUCCAUAUAAGCUCGACUCGCGCGUCGAUGAAGCCAUGCACGCACUGCUCGUGUUCGAGGGACAGGAAGGUCAAGACGUCCAGAGCCGUGUCUACACAGAUAUGGCCCGCUCUUGGGUUGGAUGCGUUGUACCUCGAGUCUGGGAACUGCCUUCAAUCGAAGUGGAAACAGAAAAGGCAAUUAUCUAUUUCUACAACGCGAUGAUGCCGCAUCUCUAUCACUACAUUGCCGUCACGGACAAGGCAACCGGGAAGACUCGUUACCACAAGCAGUACAAAGGUGGACCUCUUUGGGGCAGCAUCGAAACCUCUAGUGGAAAGGGUGGCAAGUCCUACUGGAGUACUUACCGCUGGCAGCUGGAGGCGUUUGUCGAUGCCGUUAAGGGCAGGACACCUGCAUACUGGGUAACUCCGGAGGAUAGCAUUGCACAGAUGGAGACCAUUGAUGCUAUCUACCAGGCUGCAAACCUGCCUGUGAGGCCGUCGAAUGUGUUGGAGAAGUCAGCUUAAAUGGGAUAGAACACGUCCGGCAUUCCACCUGUAUACUAGUAUCUUGACGCAUCUAACGAUCCUGUCUAAUGUCUCAUUAAUGAAUUUGCAUAC